GUAAAGCCUAUAAAUUUAUUUGUUCUGGCAUCCCUCUGUUGAGAUGGUUCACCGACAAAAUUCGAAUAACAACAAAACAGUGUAAUUUGCAGAAAACAGCUGAUUUUUCUGUUUUUUGUUAGGCCUAACAACUGCCUUUGACUACCCUCAGCAUAGAACAAAUUGCAUUAAAGUAAUGUCAUCGCCGGCGCCAAAAUCUCCAGAACAAUCAGAUAAAAGCAGAAAAUAUGAUCGUCAAAUUCGUUUAUGGGGAGAGCAUGGACAAAGCUUGUUGGAAAGUUCUACAAUUUGUUUGCUGAAUGCAACGGCACUAGGAUGUGAAGUUCUGAAAAGUCUCGUCCUACCCGGCAUUGGUGGCUUUACUAUCGUAGAUGGAAACGUAGUCACCGAAGAUGAUUUGGGAAUAAAUUUCUUUUUGGACAUCUCAUUUCUUGGCCAAUCCAAAGCAAGAGCCUGUAUGCAAUUGCUUCAGGAGUUAAACACAGAUGUUAAUGGUGAUUUUGUGGAUGAAAGCGUUGAUUGGAUACUAUCAAAUCGUCCGGCUUUUUUCGACACUUUUGAUGUAGUUAUUGCAUCGAAUCUAAAUGAAAAAGCUUUGUGGGGAUUAUCGGACCGUCUCUGGGAGGCAAAUAUUCCGUUUAUCUAUUGCAGAUCAUUGGGAUUUUUUGGUUCUAUUCGCUUACAAAUAAAAGAACAUUGUGUAAUUGAAUCGCAUCCCGAUAGCCGUCAGUAUGAUCUCCGACUAGAACAACCCUUCCCCGCAUUACAAAAACAUUUCGAGAGUACAGAAAUCACUAGCAAAGUUCCAUGGCUAUUGGUGCUUAAUAAAUUUAUGCAAGUAUGGAAGCAUAAAAACGGUGGACACUUUCCCGCGAAUUAUAAGCAAAAGUCAGAACUCAAGGAAAUGAUUCGCGCAGCAAUGACGGCGGAUGAGGAAAAUUAUGAAGAAGCCAUUAAAGCGGUAAAUACUGCUUUAGGUGGAGGUAAUGUGCCUUCUUCGAUUAAAUCGAUUUUCGAGGAUAAUGCUUGUACGAACCUUAGCAAACAAAGUAGCCCCUUUUGGAUAAUAACAAAAGCUUUAAAAGAAUUUGUAGAGAAUGAUAAUAAUGGGUUGUUGCCACUUCCUGGUGUGCUACCAGAUAUGACUGCGGACACUGAACCAUAUAUAACAUUGCAGAACAUUUAUCGUCAACAAGCUUUACAUGAUGCAGACAACGUUUAUCGCAAAUGUCAAAAAUAUUUAAAAGAACUUGGUUUGCCUGAAGACACCAUUAGUGAAAAAACAGUACGCUUAUUUUGCAAAGAAACAGCUGGCUUGGCAGUUUUACGCGGCACUAAAAUUACAGAUGAAAACGCUAAAAGUAGUAACAUACUUUCAUUCGUUGACGAUUUAGAAAUUCAAGGUACGCUUGCUGAACAUUAUGUGGCCCUACGUGCAUAUGAACGUUUUGUAUCCGAAUGUGGCAAUGUACCCGGCGAAUGUUACGUUGAAAACGAUGUGAAGGAGCUUAAAACGGUCGCAAGUAAAAUGCUAUCAGAUUGGGGGGUUCAUGCCUCCAUUAGUGAUGACUUGAUACAUGAAAUUUGUCGUUACGGUGGCUCGGAGAUACAUUCAAUAUCAGCGUUCAUAGGUGGUUGCGUAGCCCAAGAGGUCAUAAAGAUUGUAACCAAACAAUUUAAACCUAUCGAUAACACGUUUUUAUACAAUGCCAUUACCUCCGAAACAACAACAUUUAAACUUUAAAGACCUGCAUUUUGUAUGUUAUUGCGAAAAUACUAACCGAAAUAUAAAUAUUACCAAAUUCCAAUUAGGUCUUGUUUAUCCAAUAUUUCUAAACUUUAGUAAAAUAUAUUUUACUUCAACGCUCAUUUUAUUUGCACAUAGUUACACAUAAGGGUCAGCAUAUCAAAUAUGCUGCUGGCAAUUAAAUCCACUUUUUUAACACAUUACAAACAUUAAAAAAAUUUAUUAAUUAUUAUUUUUAUUUGUUUCUCAUUGUUGCAAUUAUUGCAAUCAAUUAGUUUAAUUUGACGUAGCGAAGACAUGAACCAAAAAAGUAUCUGAUUAAACUUGGCAUCCCUAUACUGAUUGCAAUUUUGCUCCUAAAACAGCUGAUCAAAUAAAAAGCAUAUAAACAAAUUGCAACAAACAAUAAUAUUUUGAUAACACAUUAAUUGGUAUACUCAACAAAUUUAAAACAAAUAUAUAACUUCAACAUUUAGUGUGUUUUGCUAUCUUGGAAUGGAUGCUACAAAAACAUUUUUUAAUGCAGUAAUUCUGCUCUAAUUUUCAAUUAGGAGGUAUGCUGCGCAGAUAUUAUUGUAAAUAAAAUAUGACUGCUGAACUGAAAGUUGCUGAGCGAAAAUAAAUUUGUGUACAUUUAUACAAAUCUUUCACUAUGGAUGAACUUUACAAUUCAUGCCUUGCUUGUGCAAAAGAAUUAAACUCACACAAAAAUUUAAAUGCACCAAAUAAAGUUAACAUUUUCGAAACACUGGAUAUCGCAAAGAAACUUGCUACCUGUAUUUCAGUAGAAAUAUCGCUUGCAGACGAAUAUCCGAAAUUUCUAUGUGCAUGUUGUUAUCAGAAAGUCAAUGAUUUCUAUCGGUUCCGAGAAAUGUGUAGAAAAUCAAUUCAACAUUUUGAAGAACUGCUAUUGGCUAAAAAAUCAUUGUUUUCAGAAGAUGAAGUUCUCAUUUCAAUUUUGGAAGAUCAGUCGAGAAACGUUACUCGAGUGAACGAACUAAAUCAUCUUGAAGACACUCCUGUUAAAUAUAAAGAAGAUUUGGAAAAGCAAUCAAAAGUGAUUGAUGAUUAUAAUAAGGAAUAUAAAAUAGCAAAUGCAGAAUACUGUAGACAAGGGAUGCCAACACUAAACAAGCAUAGUGAUGAUGAAGACAACUGCGAUUCUGAUGUUGCGGAUAACAUCAGCAACAACUCAUCUCUUAAUGAAAACAGCAAAACCUCAAAAAACGUUGCUAAUAUUAAAUUUAGCAAAUUCAAAUCAAUAAAAACAACGCGUCUAAAAAAAUUGGCUGAUUGCGAUGCGAAGACGACUUAUCGUUGUGAUAUCUGUUCGUCACGAUUCUUCGCUGAGCACCGUCUCAUUGCUCACAAACGCGAACAUGAAGGCCUUAUACCGUAUCCUUGCACGCGCGAGGGCUGCAGCAAAGCAUUUAAUCGUAGGAGUGGACUGGCAAGGCACCUAAGACAGCAUGAUGGACAUAGUUUUCAGUACGCUUGCGAUCAAGACGGCUGUGAUAAAGUGUAUAAGCACAAGCCAACUUUAGUCAUGCAUCAGCGUAAAUAUCAUAAAUUGGGACCGGAGUUAAAAACGCACAUUUGUGAAAUUUGUGGCAAAGUAUUUAAAACGACGACAAUGCUAAACGAUCAUCAUUACACGCACAAGGACAAAUCUGAACGUCCCUACGCGUGUGAACAGCCAAAUUGCAUGCGUCGAUUCUCAAAUAAGGAUAAACUGAAGGUGCAUCUUAUGCGACAUGCUGGAAUUAAGAACUAUGUGUGUACACAUUGUGGCAUGCGCAAAACCACAAUGAACGAGUUAAAGGUUCAUAUUAAUUAUCAUACGCUGGAACGUACGUGGCCAUGCCGGUUUUGCACACACAUUUGUAAUAGUUCAGGCAAUUUGAAAACACAUAUACGCACUGUGCAUGAGCGUGCUAAAGAUUAUGCAUGCCGCUAUUGUGAGCGCACUUUUGCCAAACCAGACACGCGCAAAUACCAUGAAAUGACACACACGGGGGAGAAACCGAAUGAAUGCUCCGAAUGUGGUAAGCGCUUUUUACAACCAGCAGCAUUGCGCACUCAUCGCAAGAUUCAUCAGCGACAGGGCGCGUAUAGUUCAAAAGCGAAAAUAAGUGAAAAGGAGAAACCUGCGCAAGAAACUGUACUCAAAAUAGUAGAAAGUUCUGAAUAAUGAAUAAAACGUUUUGAAAAAGUUUA